GACCUGAGACCCCAACGUGGACUCGGAAUUUGUCUUUUGCGGCUGGUGCUCCGCCGUUCCCGGUUUCCGGUGGGAUCCCAGAGGAGCCGGAGUGCUUCUCUGUCCUCCAGCCGCCUUCACCAUGUCCAAGAUGCCGGCCAAGAAGAAAAGCUGCUUCCAGAUCACCAGUGUCACCACAGCCCAGGUGGCCACUAGCAUCACUGAGGACACCGAGAGCCUGGACGACCCGGACGAGUCACGUACGGAAGACGUCUCCUCCGAGAUAUUCGAUGUUUCCCGGACAACGGAUUACGGCCCCGAGGAGGUCUGCGAGCGCAGCUCCUCGGAAGAGACGCUCAAUAAUGUUGGGGAUGCGGAGACCCCUGGGACCGUAUCUCCAAACCUCCUUUUGGAUGGGCAGCUGGCGGCCGCCGUGGCUGCUCCCACCAACGGAGUAGGCACCGUUUCGGCCCGGAGCGUGGCCAACACCCAGGCGGCAGUCGCCACCGCGGCCCCCGCCUCGGGGGCGCCGGGCUGCGCCUCCUCAGUCACGGGCUUGCCCCCUGGGCCAGGGACUCCAUCGCAGCCUCCCGCCACUUGUAGUUCCCGUUUUCGCGUGAUCAAGCUGGACCACGGGAGCGGAGAGCCCUAUAGGCGCGGACGAUGGACGUGUAUGGAAUACUAUGAAAGAGAUUCGGACAGCAGUGUCCUGACCAGGUCUGGAGAUUGCAUUAGACACAGCAGUACUUUUGAUCAGACUGCGGAGCGGGACAGCGGUCUGGGCGCCACCGGGGGGUCGGUGGUGGUAGUGGUGGCCGCGGUGCAGGGGGCGCACGGGCCCGACUCGGGAACUGACAGCUCCCUGACUGCUGUGUCACAGCUACCCCCGUCGGAGAAAAUGAGCCAUCCCGCUUCGACCCAGCCGCCGAGUUUUGGUGUUGGACAGCCGCCGCCUCCACCCGUAGGUGGGGCUAUGGCUCAAAGCUCGGCUCCGCUGCCCCCGUUCCCCGGGGCCACUGGCGGGCCACAACAAAUGAUGGCGAUUCCGCAGCCAGGCCAGACCCAGGGAGCAGGGCCCGGUAUGGCUCCUCCUGGACCCAGUGGACAGAGUCUGCCAUCGACGAAUGUAACCCUGGCGCAGCCCAGCGUGUCCCUGCCUGCACAACCUGGCCCGGCCGCCGGAGCAUCUGCGACUCAGCAGCCCCAGCAAUUCGCGUAUCCUCCGCCUCAAAUGCCGCCGGCCCAUUUGCUGCCCGUCCAGCCUUCCGGCCAGAGUGACUACCUGCAGCAACAUGUGGCUGGUCUGCAGCCGCCCAGCCCAGCGCAGCCUUCGUCUAGCAGCGCCGGAGCGAGCCCUGCCACGGCAGCCAGUCUUCCGGUAGGCACCGCCCAGAACGCCGCCUCGGUGGGCGCGCAGAUGUUGGGCGCCUCUUCCCAGCCCAGUGAAGCUGUGGCCCUGGGCCUGGGACCGGCGCAAGGAGGGAAGGCUGCUCCUUGUCCACCCGCUGGAGUGCCCCAAGCUGCUGUGGGAGGCGUGGUGCAGCCGGGCCUGGGCCUUCCUGGGCCUCCGCAGCCCCAGUCGGUGCCUCCGCAGCAAGUGGGUGGCAAUAGUCAGGUGUCAGUCGUGCCUGGUGGACCUCACGCCGUGGUGCCCGGUGUUCCAAACGUGCCUGCAGCUGUGCCCGCUCCAAGCGUGCCUAGUGUGUCUACCACUUCUGUUACUAUGCCAAAUGUUCCCGCAUCUUUGGUCCAGCCGCAGCAGCUGAGCAGCCAUACGUCAGUCAGCAGGAGCGCCAGUAUCAUCCAGCAUGGCACAUCCAACGCACCAACAAGCCUACCACAGGCCGACCUAAGCCAGUUUCAGACUCAGCCUUCAGUCGGGCAAGUUGACGAUACUAGAAGAAAAUCCGAACCCCUACCUCAACCACCACUUUCUCUUGUUGUUGAAAAUAAGCCUGUUGUGAAGCCUCCUGUUGCAGAUGCUCUGACAAACCCUCUUCAGUUAACACCUAUGAACAGUCUCUCCACCUCUGUAUUCAGCAUAGCUAUCCCUGUUGAUGGUGAUGAAGACAGGAAUCCUUCAACUGCUUUCUACCAAGCUUUCCAUUUGAACACCUUUCAGGAAUCAAAGAACCUCUGGGAUAGUGCAUCUGGGGGAGGUGUUGUAGCCAUUGACAACAAAAUAGAACAAGCAAUGGAUCUGGUGAAAAGCCAUUUGAUGUAUGCAGUAAGAGAAGAAGUGGAAGUUCUAAAGGAACAAAUAAAAGAAUUAGUUGAAAGAAACUCUUUACUUGAACGAGAAAAUGCACUGUUAAAAUCUCUUUCAAACAAUGAUCAGUUAUCCCAACUCCCAGCCCAACAGGCCAAUCCUGGUAGCACUUCUCAACAGCAAGCAGUGAUAGCACAGCCUCCACAGCCAACGCAACCUCCACAGCAGCCGAAUGUCUCCUCAGCAUAA